AUGAAGCACUCCUUUAUCGCCCGCGCUGCGACGGCGCUUCUCCUCUCCAGUGGCUUCGCCAAUGCCGUAUACUCCAUCGCCUCCGACGACGACAUCAAGACGACGGCCAAGGACCUUGCGUACGAUCUCAUGAGCUUUUACGAUGGCAACCUGACGGGCCACACGCCCGGUAUCUUGCCUGGUCCUCCGCCGGCGGGUGAUUACUACUGGUGGGAGGCCGGUGCCAUGUGGGGAACCAUGAUUGAUUAUUGGCACUUGACCGGCGAUUCCACCUACAACGACGUCGUCAUGCAAGCCAUGCUGCACCAGGUCGGACCCAACCGCGAUUACAUGCCUCCCAAUUACACGGCCUCACUGGGUAACGACGACCAAGGUUUCUGGGGCAUGUCCGCCAUGACCGCCGCCGAGGAUGGCUUCCCCAACCCGCCUGAAGACGAGGCCCAAUGGCUUGCCCUGGCCCAAGCCGUCUUUAACACCAUGGCCAGCCCGGAUAGACAUGACAACACGUGCGGAGGUGGUCUCCGUUGGCAGAUUCCCUUCUCCAACAACGGUUACAACUACAAGAACAGCAUUGCCAACGGCUGCUUCUUCAACAUUGGCGCCCGACUGGCUCGCUACACCAAAAACCAGACAUAUGCCGACUGGGCCGAGAAGACUUGGGAUUGGAUGACGGGUGUAGGCUUCAUCGACGCCAAUUAUAACAUCUAUGACGGUGCCCAUGUCGAGCAAAACUGCACAGAUAUCAACAAGGCCCAGUUCUCUUACAACAAUGGCGUUUACCUCCUCGGUGCCGCCAUGAUGUACAACUACACGGACGGCGAUACGAAGUGGAAGACACGUCUCGAUGGUCUCAUCAAUGCCACCUUUACCCUGUUCUUCCCAAACAACAUCGCCUUUGAAAUCGCUUGCGAGGAACACAACACUUGCACCACUGACAUGUUGAGUUUCAAGGGUUACGUUGCUCGAUGGAUGUCGAUCGUGACCCAGGUCGCACCCUACACCGCUCCAACGGUGCUACCGAUCCUCAAGACAUCGGCAGAAGCUGCUGUCAAGCAGUGCACGGGGCAGGACAACCAGCGGACCUGUGGCUUCAAAUGGAGUACAGGUGUCUACGACGGCACAAAGGGAGCCGGUCAGCAGAUGAACGUGCUAGCUGCCGUCUCGUCUCUUCUCAUCAGCGAGACCAAGGCACCGGUGACCAACACCACCGGCGGUAUCUCCAAGGGAGACCCAAACGCCGGAAGCCACUCGGACAAUCUCCUCGGAGAGGAGACCCCAAUUACAACAGGGGACAAGGCUGGUGCCGGCAUCCUGACCUUUUUGGUGCUGGCUUCCGCCGCCGGCACCUUCGGCUGGAUGAGUUUCGGAGCGUAA